AAAUAAAAUCAUAAAAAAUAUUAAAAGAUGAAAGUGCUUUUUCUCUUGUAUAUCUGCGUAGUCAUUUUUGCAUUGUCCUGUUACGCGCAGCAUCAUCAUGGCGGGCAUCCAAACGCUAAUAACAUACCGCGCGAUGAAAAAGCCGAGCAACGUGAAUACCAUCGCGACACAACCACUUGGAUUCCUAUACUGAAAUAUAACAAAGAACAAAGUGAAGAUGGUAGCUAUAAAACUGAAUAUGAAACUGGCAAUAAUAUUGUGCAUGAGGAAACCGGCUUUCUGAAGGACUUUUCGGAAAAAAAUCCUAAUGGUGUAUUAGUACAACAUGGACAGUACUCCUAUCAGUCACCUGAGGGAGAGGUAGUUAAUGUACAAUAUACCGCCGAUGAAAAUGGUUUCCGUGCUACAGGCGAUCAUAUACCGACACCACCAGCCAUACCAGAUGAAAUACAAAAAGGUUUGGAUCAAAUUUAUGCCGGCAUUAAAUUGCAACAGGAACGCUUAGAACAGCGAGCUAAAAGCGAUCCAGAUUUUGCUAAAAAACUAGAGGAACGGCGUGUGGCAAAUCAAAAUGGCCAAUAUUUGGGACUUUUAGAAAAUUAAAUAGUGGAAAGGAGUUGUAAACACUGAAUUGGAUGCCUGUCUAGCAUCGUCCACAUACCUAAAAAAAUAAAACUAACCGUACUCAAAUUAAGAGGAAAGCUACAAACAAACAUAUUAAUUUUUAAAAUUUUUAAAAGAACAAAGACUGUGAUUUGCCUUUAAGUUUUUAAAAACCAUUAA